AUGGGGGAGGGGUAUCAUAACUUCCAUCAUGAGUUUCCGUCUGAUUACCGGAACGCGAUUGCCUGGUACCAGUACGAUCCGACUAAAUGGCUCAUCUGGAUCAUGUCGAAGAUCCCGGUCUUUCCUCUAACAUACGACUUGAAGACUUUCCGCUCGAAUGAGAUUGAGAAAGGUAGACUCCAGCAGCAACAAAAAGCUCUCGACAAGAAGCGAUCGAUGCUCGAUUGGGGUAUGCCACUUGCUCAGUUGCCGGUGAUUAGUUGGGACGACUUCCAGACUCAGGCUUCAGCCAAGGGUGCUGCUUUGGUGGCUAUUGCUGGAGUGAUUCAUGAUGUUUCGCCGUUUAUCGCUGAUCAUCCGGGCGGUAAGACGCUGAUUAAAAGUGCGGUUGGAAAGGACGCUACUGCGGUGUUCAACGGUGGCGUAUAUGAACAUUCAAACGCGGCACAUAAUCUGCUGUCGACAAUGCGUGUUGGCAUAUUGCGAGGCGGACAGGAAGUUGAAGUUUGGAAAACAGGUGGUGAGAGAGACACCAAAGGGCUCGGUGUCGUCAGGGCUGGUGAUCAGAUCACGAGGGUAGCUGCGCCAGCUACGGCAGCCACAGCAGCCUGA